ACAACCAGAGCCAAUGCCUUAAGCAAGUUUUGUUCAAGUAACAAUUACCCCACUUUAUUCUCAAAAAGAUUGAGAUCAGCAUUAGUGGGUAUUUUUUUUUAUCAAUUAAAUUCGAAGUAUACGAUCAGGAUGAUCUUUCUACUUCCAAUUACGUGGAAAGCGACAAGAGAUUUCGGGGUCUUUUACACAGGUUUUGUUCUUGUUUAUUUCCUACCCGAACAAACUGUAAUAAAAGAAGACGACGACUAGAAAUGUACCUAAUAAUUCUCCGUAAAUGUUUUUACUUUUUUCUUUCUCAUUUGCGGUUGUUUUGGAUAGUGUUUUUGAUGAUGUUUGACACUGUGGCGUGUAUGGCUGAUGUAAUUUGUCACUGCUCCAAAGCUGACACAGCCUCCCAAGCUAUCCGUAAGAGUAGAAAAGAUUUAGACUUUAUAAUACGGAGUAAUAAUUUUCGUUUUAAUAUUUGAAUUGAAUUUUACGGUUGUUGAUUGUUGGUUUUAUUAUCACAAAAAUCAUAGAUAGAUGGAUAUAUGCGAAAGAGAAGAUUCUUUAAUCACCGUUUUCUUUCUUUUCUUCUUUUUAUUAUUUUCCUUAUUUCCACAUUGAUUGGUUAGAUUUUUAAGAAUAGGAAUUAGGGUUCCUUUCAUUCAUUACUCUUACGCAUUCUUUUUUUGUGGAUUUGGAGCUCCCAACUGGAGUGGACCCUCGAUCGGUGUUGAUUUUUCUUCAGAUUCAUCUGUUUUCUCAUCUCGGCUGAGUUCAAACUUCAAAGGAGUUGGGUGGUAUGGUGAAGGGAGUUUUGGCAGUUGAUAUAAGGCUGGUUAUUUUGGAUAUGCAAUGUUUUCUGGGUUUCCACAUUCUCACAUCAUAAAUCAAAGAGAUUGAAGCAAAUUUGCAGUCAAUCCUGAUGUAUUCUGUUCCGGGGACACCCAAACAUAGUUGCAGCCUGCUAGCAGUUGUGUUUGGUAGAGGUGCUGAGAAUAAACACACCCAAGAUGUUGUAGAUAAUAGGCCAAGAUAUCCAUUCCCAGAGAUAGCAUCAUCUGGUCAUUUGGAGGUUCAACUUUUAAAAAAUCCCAGCUCGGAUGAAUUUCGUCGGGCUGUGGAUUCAGUGAAACCAUAUAUUGUCUUUUUGCAAGGAGAGCAUCCAAACGAACAGCUUGGCACAUUAGUGUGGGAAGGUUUUAACCUUUCUUCUGAAGAAUCAACUUCUGGGCUUUCAGGUUCCAAAUUUCCAAGCACAGUUUAUUUGGAGCUCCCAGAAGGAGAAGAAUUGGCUGAGGCUCUUCACUCCAAGGGAAUUCCUUAUGUGAUAUAUUGGAAGAACAUGUUUUCCCGCUAUGCUGCCUGCCAUUUUCGUCAUGCACUGUUCUCGGUUUUCCAGAGUUCAUCUUGUCACACGUGGGAUGCGUUCCAAGUAGCGCAUGCUUCAUAUAGGCUCUAUUGUGCCCAUAACAAUACCGUUCUCUCUGAGAAUAGCCAAAUGGUUGGUGAAAAGAUGCCCCCUCAGAUCCUUGGAGAUCCCCCAAAGGUCGAUGUUUCUCUGCCAGAGGCAGGUGAUGAGGAUGAAGAAGAAAGCUCAUCUGGAUCUCUUUCUGCCAUCAAGUUCUAUGAUGAUGAUGUGAACAUGAGGUUUCUUGUUUGUGGAAUGCCACACUUGUUGGAUACUUGUCUAUUGGAUUCCCUGGAAGAUGGGCUCAAUGCCCUUUUAACCAUAGAGAUGCGGGGGAGUAAGCUCCAUAACAGGGCCAGUGCCCUUCCACCACCACUUGAGGCAGGCACAGUUUCUCGCGGAGUGGUUACUAUGCGUUGUGAUAUAUCAACCAGUAGUUCUGCUCAUAUUUCUGUUCUUGUGUCGGGCAGUGCUCAGACAUGCUUCGAUGAUCAGCUUUUAGAGAAUCAUAUAAAAAGGGAAAUCAUUGAAAAGACUCGAAUCGUGCAAGCUGUGCCAAAUGGGAAAGAACGAUGGCUGAUACCUUUACCUGAACCUCGAAGAUCUGUUUCAAUAGCUUGUGGUGCGGCAACUUUUGAAGUUUGCAUGAGGGUCCCUACAUGGGCUUCACAGGUUCUAAGGCAACUAGCACCCGAUUUUUCAUAUCGUGGUUUUGUAGCACUUGGGAUCGCUAGCCUUCAAGGAAUAGCUGUUGCCACCUUUGAGAAGGAAGAUGCAGAACGGAUCCAUUUCUUUUGCACAGAACAGCCAGGGAAGGAUCCCCACCCUAAAGAUAGGCAUAUGAACACCAGCAUCACACUCCCGAUCUGGUUAAGAUCUCCUCCUCCCACCAGAAAGAGGUCUUCUUCAAUGUACUUGGUAUCUAGCCUAAAUAAUCAAGAGGGGAAGGGAAAUGGGCUAGUCAUGCCUACUGGCCCCUCCAGGAAAAAACUGAAAUGUACUGCAAUGAGACCCGUUCCUCAUGUCCAUCACCAAAAAAUGGUUCCCUUCUCUUCCAGAAUUUCAGAGGCAGAGGCUCGUCGUGAUGGGACUCAGUUUGGUAAAUCAUAUUUGCCUAUUAGCUCUUCAACGAAAGCCGGUAAUGUUGGGGUUACUCCUGUUAGUCAACGGAAAUCAUUGUCAAGCUCACAUCAGGCAAAGCAAAUUAUAUCUUUGAACCCCCUCCCCCUGAAGAAGCACGAGUGUGAUAGAAGUCCCAUACUUGUUUGCUCUGAGGAGGAAUUCCUUAAAGAUGUAAUGCAGUUUCUUAUACUUCGUGGACAUACUCGUCUCGUUCCUCAAGGUGGGCUUGCUGAGUUUCCUGAUGCCAUACUGAAUGCCAAGCGUCUUGACCUAUUCAACCUGUAUAGGGAGGUGGUUUCUAGAGGCGGUUUUCAUGUUGGAAAUGGCAUCAAUUGGAAAGGACAAGUUUUCUCAAAAAUGCGCAAUCACACUGUGACAAAUAGAAUGACUGGUGUUGGAAAUACACUUAAAAGACAUUAUGAAACAUACCUCCUGGAGUAUGAAUUGGCUCACGAUGAUGUUGAUGGGGAAUGUUGCUUGCUGUGUCACAGUAGUGCUGCUGGUGAUUGGGUCAAUUGUGGGAUGUGUGGUGAGUGGGCACAUUUUGGCUGUGAUAAAAGGCCUGGUCUUGGUGCCUUCAAGGAUUAUGCAAAGACAGACGGAUUGGAAUACAUAUGUCCUCAGUGCAGUAUAUCCAAGUUUAAGAAGAAAACUCAGAAAACGACAAAUGGCUAUUCUUGAUGCUUAACACGAUGACCCUUGUUGGGUUUAUUACUUACUAAUCCUGAUUCUUGUUUGAUUUUUUUAUUUCUCCCCCUUUUGUCCCUUUACAUAGCUAGCUUCUUCAGUGACGUUUUAGGAUUUGGUCUUAUUAUUAGCAGGCAAAUGGCCAGGCUGUGAUUGAUAUUUAGGCAAUAGUCACGUUUAACUAAGGUGUUGGGGAGAAGUAGAACAUAAUAGGAAAAUAGAAGAGCAAUUAAACAGUUCAAUGUGAAGGAAUAUAUAUCAUAAGCCAUGUUUUUGUAAUUGUAGCAAUAUAUCAAUGUAGUUAUUUGUAACAACAGUUUAAUAUUUGGGUUUCCACCAUGCGCUCAUACGCAGCCUUUGUGUAGAUCUGCAAGUCUUGAGUCUUGUCCAUUCGGUGUAGUUUAUUGCAUGAAUGUGUUAUUACGCUUGUUUUCCUCAUUUAAGCAUUCAUGGUAUUGGUUCCUUUCUGUAAAAAACAUUUUGCCUUCUCAAAUAAACAAAAUUUGUCU